CAGAAACUGUGGUGUAAGUUCCUCCUAUGAUCCUAUCCUUCUAUAAAUUUCAUUGUCGUGUAACAAAUGGAACUCACCAAAUUCGCAACUCAACACCCAUCUCUCUAUUUCUUUCUGCUUCUUUCUCUAGUUAUAUAGUUAACCAGAUCAGAAAUGGGGGUCUUGGUUGUGAAAUUGAUCUUAAUAUACUUGCUUUUCAGUGCAGUGUUCGUUUGCUGUUGGAGCUCCCUGCAAUCGGGACUCGGAGGGAAUGCGACGGAUAGGCUGGCGCUGCUUGCCAUCAAAGCUCAAAUAAAGCAAGAUCUCCAUAAUUACAACGUGAUGAGCUCCUGGAACGAAUCCACGCACUUUUGCAUGUGGCAUGGUGUGACGUGCAGUCGACGACAUCGCCAAAGGGUCACUAACCUGGACCUGCAAUCUCAAAAUCUGGAGGUAACCAAAUUCAAGGGAGUAUUCCAUCAGAUAUUGGCAAAAGUCUUCCUAAUCUCGGAGUCUUCGACGUCGGCUCAAACCAAUUUACCGGGUCCAUUCCUCCCUCAAUAUCCAAUAUCACAAGUGUUUGGUCAUUUGAAGUUGGGCCAAACAACCUAAUCGGACAGGUACCGAAUCUCCAAAAGCUUCACAACCUCCUGUAUUUCAACAUUCAAUUUAAUAAUAUUGGAAGCGGUAAA